CCCGAAGUGGCCGUAGUGGAGGAGCCGGCGGCGGGGAAGGAGGCGUGCGCCGCGAUCCAGGGCUGCCUGGAGGCCAAGCCCUGCGCUGAGCGGACCUCGAGCCUUGGACUUGCUGCCUGCUGCCCGCGCUCAGUCUCUACCUGCAGCUCUGAGCCGCCCCCUCGGACCGCACAGGCGGAGAUCGCGCCAUGAGCCCGGGCGAGCGUGGCGGCGGCGGCGGCGACACGAGGAAGGGCGCCCCGGCGGACGGUAGCGACGGGGGUAGCUCAGCCACAGCAGCGUGGGCCUGGGCUGUGAGCGCGCUGUGCCUGCUGCUCUCCGUGGGCUCAGCGGCCGCCUGUCUGCUCCUGGGCGCCCAGGCGACCACGCUGCAGGGCCGGGUGGCGGCGCUGGAGGAGGAGCGGGAGCUGCUGAGACGAACGGGGUCCCCGGCCGCCCUGGCCGCCUGGGCCGAGCCGCACCUGGAGCGCCUGCUGCGCGAGAAGUUGGAGGGACUCGUCAAGCCCCGGACUGUUCGGGAAGCGCCAGCCGAAUGCGUCUGUUCCCAGGGGCCCCCCGGACGGCGAGGCAAGCCCGGAAGAAGAGGCGAUCCCGGUCCUCCAGGGCAAUCAGGACGAGAUGGCUACCCGGGGCCGCUGGGUCUGGAUGGAAAGCCAGGACUUCCGGGCCCCAAGGGGGAAAAGGGUGCACCAGGAGACUUUGGCCCCCGGGGAGACCGCGGGCAAGAUGGAGCUGCCGGGCCUCCAGGGCCUCCAGGGCCCCCUGGGCCACCUGGGGCUCGGGGCCCGCCCGGUGACACUGGGAAAGAUGGCCCCAGGGGAGCACCAGGCCCAGUGGGUCCCAAGGGAGAGGCUGGACGAGACGGCGAGCUGGGCCCAAAGGGACCUCCAGGGCCCAAGGGUGAGCCUGGUGUUCCUGGAAGGAAGGGGGAUGACGGGACGCCAAGCCCACCAGGGCUACCUGGACCUCCGGGGCCCAAGGGCGAACCAGGGAACGCGGGGCCGCCGGGAGAGAGCGGCGUGGAUGGGGCCCCGGGGCCGAAGGGGGAGCCAGGCCAGCGCGGAGCCGAGGGAGCCACAGGGCUGCGGGGUCCCCCGGGUUUCAAGGGCGAGCAAGGAGACACGGUGGUGAUUGACUACGACGGCAAGAUCUUGGAUGCCCUUAAGGGUCCCCCCGGGCCUCCAGGGCCACCAGGGAUCCCCGGAGCCAAGGGCGAGCUCGGAUUGCCAGGUGCCCCUGGAAUCGAUGGAGAGAAGGGUCCCAAAGGACAAAAAGGAGACUCAGGAGAGGUGGGGCCAGCCGGACCCAAAGGGGAAGCAGGCGAGAUGGGCCUGCCUGGCCUCCCGGGUGCCCACGGCCCCAAGGGGCAGAAGGGAGAGCCAGCAUCUGACAAGCUACCAGAGAGCCUGGCCCAGAUCAUAGUGGAGCCCGGACCACCUGGCCCCCCCGGCCCCCCAGGCCCUAUGGGCCUACAGGGAGCCCAGGGUCCGCAGGGUUUGGAUGGAGCCAAGGGAGAGAAGGGCGAGGCUGGGGAGAGAGGCCCCAGCGGCCUGCCUGGGCCAGCAGGCCCGCUGGGCCUUAUUGGGCUGCCAGGAACCAAAGGAGAAAAGGGCAGACCCGGGGAGCCCGGGGAGCCAGGACUGGAUGGUUUCCCUGGACCCCGAGGAGAGAAAGGCGACCGCAGCGAGCGUGGAGAGAAGGGGGAGCGAGGCAUCCCAGGCCGGAAAGGAGUGAAGGGCCAGAAGGGCGAGCCGGGGCCGCCAGGCCUGGACCAGCCAUGCCCUGUGGGCACUGACGGCCUGCCCAUCCCUGGCUGCUGGCAUCAGUGAUCCUCAGCACCCAGCUCGCAACCUGUACAGAUCCAUGUGGACAUUUCUAAUUUUUGUAAAAACGAAACAGUAAUAUAUUGAUCUUUCACGGGACGCACUGCCUGGGGCCUCCAACCUUUGAGCUUGUGCCUGGCCCUGCCCCAGAACCACCAGAGUGUGGCGCUGGCAGGCACGCAGAUGGGCCAGUCGGGGAACUGUGAGCUGGAGGGGCACCCACUGGCCUUUGGAAGGAGACAAAGGUGAAGGUGCCUGGCUCAGGUGAGGCUGCACAGAAGCAGGGUGGAGCCUUCCGUUGCCUGAUAGCAGACUCCAGCUGCCCGGCUGCCCUAUGAGAGCCUGCCCCCUGAAGCCCCAGAGCCUUGGGGACCUCCUGGGGCACGGAUGGCCCCUGCAGCUGCUCCUGGCCUCUCCAGCCAGAGCCAGCUGUCCAUCCUGCCAGGCCCUCCUGAACCCUGGGCUCACCAGGGCAGGGCAAGACUCCUGCCCCAGGCAGUUCUAGCUCUCCAAGUUCAGUAGGCCUCAGGAAGCCAGCACGGACAAGAAUACAUGUCUUCCGGCUGGGAGGACAGGCCGAGAACUGUGGUCACCACCCGUGGACUCAGCUGCAGGGAGCUCCGGGGGCCCCCAGCGUGGAGGAUGGAAAGACCCAGGCUGAACUGGCUGCCGCUUCCUGUCUGCCUCCCCCGCACCGACCCAGAGCAGGAGUGUGACGGGACUUUGCCAGCCUGGGGAGAUGGGCCUCCAGCUCAGAGUUUGGGUGUCACUGGCCCCAGUGAGAACUCGGGUCCUCUGGGUGCACUGUCAGAUGAAGAAACGGCAGGGUGGGGUCCCCCGGCGGCCCCAGCAGGGGGCCUGCAACCUGCACAUCUGCCCUCUUAGAAGAGGCUUCCCCACCUCUGACAAAGGUCCCCAGCCACCAGCUCUGGCCAGCCACUUGCCUCCCCUCUCUGUGUAGGUGGACACUGCUGUGUGUAAUAAACCAUGGACUGAC